AUGGCACCGGUCCUUCCCCGACUCUCUCAUACUCUACCUGGCUAUUACCCUCCAAUUAGAGGCGCACCCCCCAUCCCUAUAUCAGGGCCAAAGAACAUUACUCUCAAGGCUAUUCUCGAGCUCUUCACUGGGACAUUCUGCAUCUUUGUUGUUGCCGUUCUAAUCUGGAAGCUUGGAAAUUUCUUCCGUCGUUUCACGAUGGAAAAGGUCCUUGGAGGAGGAAACAGCCCUGCACGUCGCUACGUAAAGGCCUGGUACGGGUGGGUGCCACUACAACGUCAAAAGGCCAAAACGUCCAUAGUACAACAAUGUUUCGCGAAGGUCCGACAAUGGGCCACAUGGAACUCAGCGAAGAAUAGUUAUUGUUCGAUUUGGUGGAGCUUUAAUCAUACGGAGCUGGAGGCAUGCAAGCAGGACUCAAUGUGCCAGCGACAUUGGAGAACACAUCUCAAAAAGCGCAAACCUACAACGGCAAAUGCUAUCCGCAGCCCCUGUGGACACGCCUUUAGGUCAGGCCAGGGCGCCGGGUCGUGCUACUCCUCAAAUAUGGCCGGAGUUCUGCAAUCGGAUAAAAUGGUCAACACUUGUCCUGAAAGAUACAAACUACCGAGGAGACAGCGCAGGAGACUCUCCUCUGUAAAAGAGUUGUUCAAGGAUGAUCUGCGAUGUGUGGCACCUGCGACCCGAGCAAAGCAAUCUACAAUGGCUCUUAAAUACUGUACUAUUCAAGCAGGCAGACCCUCGGCGCGCUCGCUCAAUCAUAAAAGGUUCCUCUCCUUGGAUCAGUCUGCUUGCGUUCUUACAAGAAAAGACAUCUUUUUCUAUAUCUCAAAUAACGAUCCUUUAGCAAAACCUAACCACUCCCUUCCUCGUCUGUCGGAUCUCAAGAUUACCUUUCGGAGAGUGGGAAAACGCGCUGAAGGCUCCUCGAACUCCCAGAGACCCACAGACCAUCGCCGAAAAUCAAGGAAUCUUCGAGCAUUAAUAUAUUCACGCAAAUACCAGGUUUGGUCUGCCCAGAUGGGAUUGAAUGUCCCAGAGUGUGGGAAAUAUAGCAAGCAUCAAUUUUCAGUUCCUCCAGGGAGUCCCAGGUCCGAGUUGCUGACUGAGUUCUCGUCCCAUCGCACGACUCUCGCUAAAAUGAUAAAUGAACAAAGGACUACCGCAUGUUGGAGCUCAUUAAGUGAUUCGAGUGGCCUUAGUAUCUCCGGCACUCAGAAACGUCGUGUGGAAAGAGCUAGUGUGAUAAGCUACAAAGCAAAAGUCACCACUACCAAAGCCCGGCAACCGACAACAAUGCUGUUCAGGCAAGAUCGAUGCCAGUCGCAGACUACUCUUUCCGUUUCUAAGCAUCCAAGCCACGUUCAAUUUGAUAGAUUCCAGUGUCCAUCUACACGACUACGAAAGUCAAUAUGGUCUCAGAGAAGUGAUAAAGAAGGAAGACCCCAGAGUAAGAAGAAGGCCAACAUGCUUGGAACAACAUCCGCACAAUUUACUAUUCCAUUGAGGCAUUUGAGCAGUUGGGAGAUCAUGCUGAUAGACGGCUUGGACCGAAGACUCGGAUGGCUCUCUCAACAACUUAUUCCGGGUCGAAGACCGUUUCACUUCCCUUUACUUCCCAACCAUUGGCUUAAUAUUCGGACUUGGAUCGUUUAUGACCCUGCAUCGCGUGCCCCUAUCGAUGCAAAGCGGCAGUUUGGGGAUCCUAGAUUCAACACCCCCUCCCCAACGUCUCAGAAUCCUAAGCGUAAGUAUCCUGAAGCCACUCGUAAAGUUGCCAACACGCCGCGGAUCGAAUCAUGGAGAAUAGCCGUCAACCGAAACAGAAGAGCAUCGGGGUUGAGAGACCUUGUCAAACGACUAGAAUUAUACGACGACUCUGCUGAUGAUCCCCCGGAUGGAUAUAUCGACCCAGCCUGUUGGUUAAUUCGAAAGCCGCCACAAGGAUAUCAGCUGUCAGCCAGACAAAAUGCCACAUACUAUGAAGGAGGGGCCGGCUGGCAAGAAAGAUUAGAGGACUGGCAAAAUAUCCGCCGUGGGUAUCGCAUCCGCAAGGCAAUUCAUGAAGGAAGGGCCAACAGAACUAGAGCAAAGCAAGUUGCAGUCGGUCUCACUCGGUUCUACCAGAAAGCGUAUCGCCAGCAAAUCUAG